AUGGAAAGAUACUACUCAAGACAGGUCCAAUCUACUCCUAAUGUUCAAACUGAAGGUGUUGAAGCUAGUGGGAGUAGACAAGCUCAAACCUUUCCUCCUUCGUCAACAGUGGGAGCUCCUCAAAUACAAGAACCAAAUCUUUCAGGUUCAGUCAAUCGAACUCCAGAAGAAAGUGAGUCUUUCUCAGCAGAGUCAGAUGAAGAGUUUGAUGAAAACUCUUUGGUGCUAGAUCCGGCAUUAAGAACUAAGAUAUCUAGCUUUCAUCCCAAUGUCCGUGACCAGGUUAGAAGAUUUUAUCUUCAAAAAGGUCCUAUUCAACCAAAGAGUCAUGCUUUUCCUGCCAGAAACUUCAGUGGAAGGCAGCAUAGAUUCCAGGCUUCUUGGUUUAAGAAGUAUAAUUGGCUUGAAUAUAGUGUCUCAAAAGAUGCUGCUUAUUGUCUAUAUUGCUAUGUGUUCAGUAAGCGAGGUGGGAGUAAUGAUGGCUUUAUUGGUGAAGGAUUUAGAACAUGGAAUAAAUUGAAAGUUUUUGAUGAUCAUGUUGGGGAGCAUAACAGCUACCACAAUAGAGCUAAAAACAGUUCAGAUCUUUUAUUGAAGCAAGCAAAAGGAAUUGAAGCUGCAUUAUUUAGACAAUCAGAUCAAGCCAAAAGAGAUUAUCGAAUUCGUUUGGUUGCUUCACUUGAUUGCAUAAGGUGGCUAGUAGUGAAUGGAUUAUCAUUUCGAGGGCAUGAUGAAUCUGCAACUUCAAGUAACAAAGGUAACUUUCUUCAGCUAUUAGAUUUCCAUGCUCUUGGUAGAGAAGAUGUGCAAAGAGUGGUUGGGAGGAAUGCUCCAAAGAAUCUCCAACUCACCUCUCCAAAGAUUCAAAGAGAUCUUAUUCAUGCCAUGGCUUGUGAAACGACUAAGAAAAUCAUUGCAGAGAUUGGGAAUAAUUUUUUCUGCAUAUUGGUUGAUGAGACUCGUGAUAUAUCAAUGAAAGAGCAUAUGGCUAUUGUUUUGCGUUAUGUGAAUUCUGAUGGUUGUGUUAUGGAAGAUUUCUUUGUACUUCUCAUGUGCGAAAUACUAAAGCUUUGA